GAGGCAGAGCUCAUGAGAUGCGCCAGAUAAGAUGCGGAGCCUCCACCACCCCUGUAGCUGUAACUCCCUCAGCUUCUUGAACUUGUCCAGCCCACCUAAUUUCAGUAAGAGCACAAUUCCAAAUGUCCAUAGAUGCCUCGUUUCAGUUAACACAAACUACUUUCCUGUUUCCAUUACCGGGACUCCUGAGAGUUCAGUUUUCUCCUCGAAUUCUUUGAUUUCGAAAAGAACCCAGGUCCCCUUUUGCUCGUCCACUGAUGAGUUCAUGCAAUUUGGAGGUACCCAUGUUUCGAAUAAGCCCGAAAAUGAGAGAUUUCAGGAAAUGGAAGAGCUUGAAUUGCUGGGUAAGCCUGCGCCAUUACCUGUAAAUGGUGGUUCUUUAACAGAUGUGGAUUCGGGGUCUCAGAAACCUGAUAAAGAUGAUGCCUUGGCUCCUUUCCUGAAAUUCUUCAAGGAUAGAGAUUCUGAUGAAGACAGUGACUUAAAAGUGACUAAAGGGGAGGAGUCGCAGAUGGUCAUUGUAGAGUAUUACGAGCCAAAACCUGGUGACUUGGUAGUGGGAGUUGUUGUGUCUGGUAAUGAGAAUAAGCUCGAUGUGAACGUCGGUGCUGAUCUUCUGGGGGCAAUGCUGACCAAGGAAGUGCUCCCUCUCUAUGAUCAAGAGUUUCCCUAUCUGUUAUGUGACAUGGAAAAGGAUGCUGAGGAGUUUAUGGUUCCUGGGAAGAUGGGAAUUAUCAGGGAUGAGGAUGCAGUGAGUGGGGAACCCGUACCAGGGAGGCCCGUCGUUGAAGUAGGUACAGUUCUUUUCGCUGAGGUCCUCGGCCGAACACUUAGUGGACGGCCUUUGCUUUCCACGAGGCGGCUCUUUCGGCGGAUUGCGUGGCAUCGACUGAGGCAGAUAAAACAGCUCAAUGAACCUAUUGAGGUUAGAAUUACAGAGUGGAAUACGGGUGGCCUUCUUACAAGAAUUGAGGGUCUGCGAGCAUUCCUUCCUAAAGGUGAGUUGAUGGGUAGACUUAACACCUUCACAGAUUUGAAAGAAAAUGUGGGACGACGGAUGUAUGUGCUGAUUUGUAGAAUAGAUGAAGCUACUAAUGAUAUAAUAAUCAGUGAGAGAGAAGCUUGGGAAAUGUUGCACCUUCAAGAUGGAACACUUCUACAUGGCACUGUUAAUAAAAUUUUUCCGUAUGGGGCGCAAAUAAGGAUAGGUGAGACCAAUAGAAGUGGGUUGCUGCAUAUCUCAAGAAUAACGCGUGUCCGAGUUGGUUCUGUCAGCGAUUUGCUAACAGUGGAUGAGAAGGUGAAAGUUCUGGUGGUGAAGUCAACGUUUCCUGAUAAAAUAUCACUAAGUAUAGCAGAUCUCGAAAGUGAGCCUGGCCUAUUUCUUUCAAACAAAGAGAGAGUAUUUUCUGAGGCUGAAGUGAUGGCUAAAAAGUACAGGCAAAAGUUACCAGUUGUUUCUGCAACUCGUAAGCUAGAUGACCUUCAAACCGAUCUUCUAUUUGAUGACGAAGCAAAAUUAUAUUCAAACUGGAAGUGGUUUAAAUUUGAAGAAGACAACAGUGACUGACCAAUGAGAUAGCUUGUUCUUGAGAUAGUGAGCUGGAAGUGGGAGGUGCUCAGAACUGAUGCCUAAAGAUCGACUAAAAUAUCCUUAAACUGGUGCAAACAUAAGGGUGUUGAAGUGUUUUUUUUUUUUUUUGUAAAUUAAAUGCCAUCUGAAAAUCAACGGAAGCAAGGGAUUUGCUCUUGUCUUCACAUCCAAUUCCAUUUAUUGAGAGUUAUAAGGUGUGCAAUGUCAAAAUUUUGUAUAUGUUAUAUA